GUCGGUACGUGCCACAUGGGUGCGUCGGAGUACUUUUUGUGGGCCCUUUCUUGUUGAGAAUGAAGUUCCCUCCCCGUCGUUGGGAUGCAACCACCGGAGGAAUGCGUGAGAACAACUUCUCUUUGCAAAUCAGUCGGCGCUGAGAGGACGGAGGGGAGAAGAAGCGCUCCGUGAUGCUGACAACUUUUGCCCAGUCUGACCACAGUUUGUGCCGCCUCGCUUCCACAGCGGCGCUCCGGCGCUGAUGUCGGUCAGCCUCGCCGUCCCACGGCCGCUUCGAGCAUUUUCAGCAUGGACCCCAAGGCCCCCAGCGGGACCUUCAAGAGGUCCUCGCUCAAACGCAGCACGUCUGGCUCUCAGAAGGCGCAGCGCGUUUGGAUUGAAAGGACGUUUCUGAAAAGAGAAUGCAUUCACAUCUUUCCCACUAAGGACACCACCAGAUGUUCGUGCGGUCAGCUGACAACGCAACACGUGGCCAUCCCACCCGGCGCCAACUCCCUGGAGGAGGCCCACCAGCUCGUGCAGAUCGACACCCCCAAAGACAAAUGGAGCGUGAUCAAGCACACCAGAACCUACCCGACGGAUUCCUUCGGCAUGAUCGAGUUCCAAGGUGGAGGUUUCAUCAACAAGGCCAUGUACAUCCGGGUCUCCUACGACACCAAACCUGACAACUUGCUGCAUCUGAUGGUGAAAGACUGGCAACUGGAGCUGCCCACGUUACUCAUCUCCGUGCACGGGGGCCUCCAAAACUUCGACUUGCAGCCAAAACUCAAGCAGGUUUUUGGCAAAGGCUUGAUCAAAGCGGCCGUCACCACGGGCGCUUGGAUCUUCACCGGCGGGGUCAACACAGGUGUGAUCCGUCAUGUGGGAGAUGCCUUAAAGGACCAUUCCUCCAAGUCACGGGGCAAAGUGUGCGCAAUUGGAAUCGCCCCGUGGGGCAUCCUGGAGAACAAAGAGGACCUCAUUGGGAAAGAUGUGACCAGACCCUACCAGACGAUGGCCAACCCGCUAAGCAAGCUGGCCGUGCUCAACAACAGCCAUUCGCAUUUCAUCCUGACCGACAAUGGCACCUGCGGCAAGUACGGCUCCGAGGUCAAACUGCGGCGCCUCCUGGAGAAGCACAUCUCACUGCAGAAGAUCAACACCCGUUUGGGACAGGGCGUCCCACUCGUGUGUUUGAUAGUGGAAGGAGGUCCGAACGUGAUCUCCAUCGCACUGGAGAGUCUCCGAGACGAGCCUCCGAUUCCGGUGGUGGUGUGCGAUGGCAGCGGCCGCGCCUCUGACAUCAUUUCUUUUGCGCACAAGUUCUCAGAGGACGGAGGGCUAGUCAGCGACGACGUGCGAGACCAACUGCUGGUGACCAUUCAGAAGACGUUCAACUACAGCAAAAGCCAGUCGCAGCAAAUCCUUCUGAUGGUGAUGGAGUGCAUGAAGAAGAGGGAACUGAUCACCGUAUUUCGAAUGGGUUCUGAGGGUCAGCAAGAUAUAGAAAUGGCCAUUCUUACGGCCUUGUUAAAAGGCACCAACGCUUCAGCGGCCGACCAGCUCAGUUUGGCUCUGGCCUGGAACCGAGUGGACAUUGCGCGCAAUCACAUCUUUGUCUACGGACACAAUUUACCACCUGCCGGUGCAAUCGCCAAUACGACGACGGCGCUGGUCCCGACCCAGGAGAAGCAGAAGAGUCCCGCCAGUGCCCCUCGCAACAAAAACAGAGGCAAGAAGGGGAAGGGCAAAGGAAAGGCUAAACCAGAACCUCCAGAGGAAACUGAUCCCCGCAAGUUGGAGCUCAUUCGUUGGGUAAAUUCUCUGGAACAGGCCAUGAUGGACGCUCUUGUGCUGGACAGAGUGGACUUUGUCAAGCUCCUUCUGGAAAAUGGCGUCAAUAUUCAUCACUUCCUCACCAUUCCCAGACUGGAGGAGUUGUACAACACGAAACUUGGGCCUGCAAAUACUCUGCAUGCUGUCGUUAGAGAUGUUAAAAAGGGAAACCUCCCCCCAGAUUACCAGAUCACCUUGAUUGACAUCGGCUUGGUGUUGGAGUACCUCAUGGGCGGAGCUUACAGGAGCAAUUACACCAGGAAGGCUUUCCGCAACCUCUACAAUACUUUGUAUGGACUUAAAAGGCCCAAAGCUCUCAAGCUUCUCGGGAUGGAGGAUGACGAACCUCGACCAAAAGGCAAGAAAAAGGCGAAGAAGAAAAAGGAGGAAGAGGUGGAGAUCGACGUGGACGACCCGGAGGUGUGUCGCUUCAAGUAUCCUUUCCACGAGCUGAUGCUGUGGGCCGUGCUGAUGAAGCGCCAGAAGAUGUCACUCUUCCUGUGGCAGCGUGGCGAAGAGGCCAUGGCUAAGGCCCUGGUGGCCUGCAAACUGUUCAAGGCCAUGGCCCACGAGUGCUCCGAGAGCGAGCUCGUGGACGACAUCUCUCAAGACCUGGAGAACAACUCAAAGGAGUUCGGCCAGCUGGCCUACGAGCUGCUGGACCAGUCGUACAAGCACGACGAGCAAGUGGCCAUGAAGCUGCUGACCUACGAGCUGGUGAACUGGAGUAACUCCACCUGUCUGAAGUUAGCCGUGGCCGCCAAGCAACGAGACUUCAUCGCCCACACCUGCAGCCAGAUGUUGCUCACAGACAUGUGGAUGGGCUGCUUGAGGAUCGGCAAGAACCCAGGCCUAAAGGUCAUUUUGGGAAUUAUCUUUCCACCACUGAUUCUUCUGCUGGACUUCCGUCUCGGGGAUGAUAUGUCCUACAUUGCGCCAGGAGCCAAAGAAGAGGCAAAAGAAAAAGAUGAUGACACGAAAUCCAGCAAGGACCCUAACGACGCCACUUCCCGUAGAGGCGAUGAAGAGGAAGGCAGCGCAAACGUCCGCAAAAUCCCCGUCGGCAAAAGAUUAUUUGAAUUUUAUGAUGCCCCAUUUACCAAAUUCUGGUUCAACACGAUCUGCUAUCUGGGCUAUCUUAUGUUAUACAACUACAUCAUCCUGGUGAAGAUGGAGCGAUGGCCAUCUUUACAAGAGUGGACCGUCAUUGCUUACAUCCUUACCCUCGGCAGUGAAAAAGUCAGACAGAUCCUGAUGUCAGAGCCCGGCAAGCUAAAACAGAAGAUAAGCGUGUGGCUGGAGGAGUACUGGAACAUCACCGACCUGGUGGCCAUCUCCACCUUCCUCCUGGGCCUCAUGCUCAGGCUACAGCGUGAGCCCUACAUGGGCUACGGUAGAGUCAUCUACUGCAUAGACAUCAUCUUCUGGUACAUCCGUGUACUGGACAUCUUCGGCGUGAACAAAUACCUGGGGCCCUAUGUGAUGAUGAUAGGGAAGAUGAUGAUCGAUAUGAUGUACUUUGUGGUCAUCAUGCUGGUGGUCCUCAUGAGCUUCGGGGUGGCCCGCCAAGCCAUCCUCCACCCCGACGAGGAGCCCACCUGGCGCCUGGCGAGAAAUAUUUUCUAUAUGCCCUACUGGAUGAUCUAUGGGGAGGUUUUUGCUGACUCGAUAGACCUCUACGCGAUGGAAAUCAACCCUCCCUGUGGCGAACAUUUGUAUGACGAAGACGGGAAGAAGUUGCCGCCGUGCAUUCCCGGCGCCUGGCUCACACCUGCCAUUAUGGCCUGUUACCUUCUCGUGGCCAAUAUUCUACUGGUCAACCUGCUCAUUGCUGUCUUCAACAACACCUUCUUCGAGGUCAAGUCCAUCUCCAACCAGGUGUGGAAGUUCCAGCGCUACCAGCUGAUCAUGACGUUCCACGACCGGCCCAUCCUGCCCCCGCCGCUCAUCAUCUUCAGCCACCUCUACAUCCUCUUCAGCAGGCUCUUUCGACGCUGCUUCAGGAAGAAGCAAGACGGAGAACUUGACGAGAAGGACCGCGGCCUCAAGCUAAGACUGAAUCCCGAGGAACUGAAGAAUCUGUACGAGUUUGAAGAACAGUGCGUGGAGGAAUAUUUUCGAGAAAAGGAAGACGAGCAGCAGUCCUCGAGUGACGAACGAAUCAAGGUGACCUCAGAAAGAGUUGAGAACAUGUCCAUGCGCCUGGAGGAGGUCAACGAGAGGGAGAACACCAUGAAGGCUUCCCUGCAAACGGUGGAUCUCCGUCUGGCCCAACUGGAGGAGAUCCACGGUCGAAUGGCGCUCGCCUUGGAAAAGCUGGCGGGGGUGGACAGACUGGAGCUGACCAGGACUCAUUCGCGCAAUUCCUCAGUGUGUGAUCCCUCUUCUCUAGUUCGCCAGGGCAGCAUCAAUAGCGCUGAUGGUUACAGCCUCUACCGCUUCCACAUGGACAUGGAGGAGUUUGCAACCAAGCACAGGGAUGCAGAGGACCAGGUGAAAAGUUGCCCGGAAAGAGAGAAAAGUCAAGCUGCCAGCACAUGCGCUCUGAACGUGAAGGACAGUGCUCAGACCAUAGAAGUCGGCAGCCUGUGCCGAACGAGGCCCAGCUCUUGUGUGGACAUCCUUAUCUCGCCAUGUGAACCCAAGCAAGUGAGUGCAGGAUCAAGCUACGACACCUUAGCCAACAAGGAUAUACUCGGAAGCUCGCAGGUCCUUGAUCGAAUCGCAGACAAGAACAAACUCAAGCCAUCCUCCCCACCAAAACGAACAAAAUCACUGAGACAUUAUCCGGCUGAAGUGCCAGCCACCAGUCCUUUGACUAAGAGGAGGAGCAUGAGCACCAUCAUCAUCAGCCCUCCCGAUGAACCCGAGGAGCCCACUGAAGACACCAAAAAAGCCCAACUGCUUCCUGAAAACCUCUCCUGCCCAAAAAGGACCAAAUCCUUGAGGGAUGUCCCCAUCGAGAGCCCGAGCCAAACAUCCCCCCUUACAAAGAGGAGGGCGAUGAGCAGUAUUAUUUACAGCCCAGCUGAGGCGCUUGAUGACGAGCUCAACGCCCAAGACUACACGUCCUUCGUGGAGCAAGCGGCCAAAACUCCCAAACAAUGGCCUGCAGACCUUGAGUAUACAGUGCACCCUAGCACUGUUGGUCACAUUCCAAAAGUGUCAACAGUCAGAAGGACCAUCCAGCAGUUUCAGACCACCACACCUGUGGUAGAGUCUCAAGCCAAUGAUGGGAUCGCUCCAGUUCCGGCAAAAAGUGAAGAAACUACAACCGAGCUCACAGAAGAACAGAUAACGACGAGGGUGAAGAGAAACAUGUCGGACGGCGCUCGGUAUCUGACCGUCGCUGAAGAUAAGUACCUGUCCUCGCACAGGUCUCUCAGUUGGGACGCGAAUGAUCACAAAGCAAGAGGCAAGAGAGCGUCUAGCAGUGAGAGGCACGUCGUGGACGGCUGUGAAGGGCCGGCACAUCAGACAGAUGAUGACGCUCGUGAAAUGAAAUGA